GGCCCCUUCCGAACAGGGUGGGGGGAGGUGCGGGGAGAAGGCCCUUCCUUCUAUACCUGCACGGGAGAUCGGGACCCUCUGCUGAUUUGUACAGGACCUAGACUGGGCCCUCAUGUCUGCAUCCGGGCCCAGCCCUCUGUACAUCCGCUCUGAGAAAGGUACCCCUGCUCAUACGUAAGGACGAAUUGGGUCCUCCCGCGCACUAGAACUAGAGACGUGGGACUCUCUGCACAUCUGUAAGGAGUAGCUAAGACCCUCGCUGCACAUCUGUGCAGAACUGAUUGCAGAGCUGUGCCAGGGGCCGUAACUUAGUUACUGGGGCACCCAGUAAAUAUUUGAUUGAAUAAAGGAAAGAGUGAAAGAAGAUCUGCAUGACGGAAAACCAGGCCUUCUGCUACUGUUCCUAGGAUGCCUUUCCUCUUAGCUUUGACCCUUUAAGGUACUGAAGUGACACGGGAAAGAUAAGCCUGGUCUGUGUCAAGGAAAAUAGGCGAUUUUACUGCAGAUGUUGGUUCUUCUGGUAGGGGGCGAAAUGCUAGUAUGUCAUAUCAAUUCUAAUAAUGAUGGCUAACAUUUAUUGAGCACUUACCCGGUUUGAGUUAACUCAUUUAAUCCUCACAACAACCCAAUGGAAUAGAUACUAAUAUUUACAUUUUACAGGUUAAGAAACAGAGAAGUUAAGCCUAGCUAAGAGGAGAACAUCCACAAAAUUUUUCUGUAUGAGCUUCUCGUGGAUGUUACACUGCUUUCACCCGUCUUAUCACUAUUCUUUUUCCUCUCCGGUCACACAGUCCAUGCUUCAAACAACUACCAAAGUAUCCAGUCCUUCUCUGCCUAUUUCAUGAUUGAAUUCCCCCACCAUCAGAGAGAGAUUUUAAAGUGUCUCGAUUUGUUGGUUUUAUGUUAACCAACCCAGCUCCAUUUUAUACCUUUUUUUAAAAAAAAAGUAUGCCAGUAGCAUAUUUUUAGAGGUCUUAAUAAAAGUUAUCUCUAUCUGGCUACAGAGCAAAUCUAAACAGUUAUCAGAGUAUUGUACAAACCAUAUUCUAUUUCCACAAGCAACUAAGUUUAAAAUAUAAAAGAAAAAGAAACAAACCCACAUUUGGAUUUUUUUAAAAAAAACAUUUAAAUAACUCAGUCAAAUAGGAUAUCAUUAUUCUAAUUAAAAUGUAAUUAGCAUGAAACUGUGAUAAUGCUAUUUAUAAAAUGUGGGGAAUUCAGUUAGAGAAUACUUAAGAGGGAAAUUUAUAGUCUUAAAGGCUUAUAUUAGAACAUGUAUUUUUUCAAGCUGAAAGUGAGGCAAAUAUUCAAUUUUAAUAAGAUAGAACAGAACAACAGAAUUAAAGUGUAGAAAAUAAAAGAAGUUAAGAGCAAAAAUUAAUGAAAUAGAAUUUUCCUAUAUAAUAGAGAUGAUUAACUUAGCCAAAAGCUGUAUCUCUGAAAAGACUAAUAAAAAAGCCAGACCUCUGGUAAUACUGAUUAAGAAAAAAAGAAAAGAAACAUGGAAAAAUGACCUUAGGAAUGAAAAUAGGGACAUAACUUUGGUUACUGAAAGAUUAAAAGAGAGAGAAAGACUUCAAUGGAAACUCUUUUUGAUGAUGCUUUUGGGCAAUUUUCUAGGAAAAACAACUUACCUAAACUGAUUCAAGAAGCUAUGGAAGGGACUUCCCUGGUGGUGCAGUGGUUAAAGAAUCCGCCUGCCAAUGCAGGGGACACGGGUUCGAUCCCUGGUCCGGGAAGGUCCCACAUGCUACAGAGCAACUAAGCCCGUGUGCCACAACUACUGAAGCCCUCGUGCCUAGAGCCCGUGCUCCACAACAGGAGAAGCCACCGCAAUGGGAAGCCCGCGCACCACAACAAAGAGUAGCUCCCAGUCACCGCAACUAGAGAAAGCCCACAAGCAGCAAUGAAGACCCAACACAGCCAAAAAUAAAUAAAAUAAAUUAAUUUAAAAAAAAAGAAGCUAUGGAAAUUUUGAACAAACCUAGGACUACUGAAGAAAUUUAAUUAGUUUUAAAUCUACCUUCACACACAUCAAAAAAACCUACCAAAAAUAUGCAAGCAAUUGAAAUGAUUCUAAUCUUCUAGAAACUCUUCCAAAAAAAAGAAAGAAAGGAAGAAAACAUUUACAGUCUAUUUUUGGGGGGGAGGCGGGGUGCCGCGCAGCAUGCAGGAUCUUAGUUCCCUGACCACGGAUCGAACCUGUGUCUCCUGCAGUGGAAGCUCAGAGUCUUAACCACUGGACCGCCAGGGAAGUCCCCAGUCUAUUUUGUGAUACCAAAAAUGAGGCAAAGAAAAUUUCAAGCCAAUCUCUUUUAUAAAUGUAGUUGUAAAACUCUUAGAUAAAAUACUAGCAAUCAGAAGCCAGUGUUGUAUUUUUAAAAACUGCAUUAUGACUAAAUUGGGUUUAUCCCAGGAAUGUGAGAAUAGUUUAACAAUAGAAGAUCUAUUAAUACAAUUUACACAUUUACAGAUUAAAGGAGAAAACAUAUCCCAUUAGGUACAGAAAUAGCAUUCAAUAACCAUUUAUGAUUUUUUUCAAUGGUAAACUAGAAAUAGAGGUAAAUUGCCUUAAACCAACAAAGAGCAAAAUGAAAGCAGGAAAGAGACAAGAUUGCUCACUAUUGCUGCUUUCAAUAUUGUACCCGAGGUCCCAGCCAGAGCUGUAAGACAAGAAAAAUAAAUAAAAUUGAUUAGAAAGGAAUAAACAAAACUAUCAUUAGUUACAGCCUUAUGAUUGUCUAUCUAUAAAACAAAAGGACACAGCUCCUUCCUCUUUGCUACCACCCAUAGAAAGAAACAGCCAUCUUUGGACGUUUUUCUGUGGGUACUAAGGUGAGGGGGAUUAAGAGCUGCAAAAGCCCAGGUAGAAGGCAGAGCAGGCUAGGAUGAAGAGUAAUGCCUCUGAUGACAGAACAAAGUCAAGGUCUGGCCUUGCUACUUACCAUCCAUGAGACAAUUUCCUUCCUGAGCCUCAGUUUCCUUUGCAGAGUAGGGAUGUAACAAAUGUAUCAAUAACUGCAGAAUGAGAUUGCUGUGAAAGAUAAACGAAACACUUGUAAAGCACUUAGCAUAGUGCCUGACACAUAGUAAGUCCUCAAUAAAUGUUAGCUAUAAUUGUAGUCAUUUUUAGGCUUUUGGCUUCAGACUGCUUUUCUCUGGCCUCUAUUCAUUCACAGGACAGAUAUUAUACAGCAUCUACUGCAUGCUGGAUCUGGCUCCUAGGCAUCUGGGGUGCACAGACUAUAUCAGAAGAGGGUCCUGCUCUCUUGGAGCUUAAGGACCAGAAACACAGUGUACGAUUGUUGUGAAGGAGCAAUGAAGGAGACCACAGUAACCGCUAUACAAAAGUACAACACCCAAGGGCUAAGCACUUUCCCUGCCUUCCGAGCUCCCAAUGUCUGCAGGCAGACCCCCCUCAAGUCCUCAAAAAUUCUUCUCCAGGGGCUUCUGAGGACCUUGGGCUUGUUCUCUCUGUCCCUAUGAGGAUGGGCAGAGGAGGCUACCCUGAAAACACCUGAAUCUUGGCUUCCCAGCCUCAGCUCCGCGGCGAACUAGCCUCCGGGUUUUAAUGAGCUGCCCCAGGUUAGAAACAGGACGUGACUGUGGCUGGCUCAGAACCCUGAAGAUCUUAUUAAAGAAUCAUGUCCCUUGUACUUUGGGCUGAAAAGCUCUUUCCAACCGAGGAUCAAAGCAAACUUGACAAACGUUUUCUCAUUAAUCUCCCAUCCCCCUGGGGCAGGAGCAGAUCGGUAGCUGUUCUCUCUGGCUCUCGAAGGGAGAUGAUGUGACAUCAACGUGGUGUGGCUGGUGGAAAGACCCCCCCACCAGUCAGACAAAACAGAGACCAGGACCCAGGUGUCCUAACUGCGGCCAUGCCAAGUGUCACCCUACCCGCUUCCCACCUCCCACCCCACACCCUCAGCACUGUCUCUGGAAGAAGGAAAACAUCUCAUUAGGUAAACAGUCAGCCUCACUGGUCCUCAGGAGGUGGAGAGGAGAGAACUGUAAAGGUGUUGCCAUGGUGAUGGCGGUGGAAAAUAGCAUGGUGCGGGUCGUGGUGCGGGUGCGGCCCCCCACCCCGAGGGAGUUGGAGAGUCAGCGGCGGCCUGUGGUUCAGGUGGUGGAUGAGCGGGUGCUGGUGUUUGACCCUGAGGAGCCUGAUGGGGGCUUCCUUGGCCUGAAAUGGGGCAGCGUCCUUGAUGGCCCCAAGAAGAAGGGCAAAGACCUGACGUUUGUCUUUGACCGGGUCUUUGGUGAGGCGGCCACCCAACAGGACGUGUUCCAUCACACCACCCACAGCAUCCUGGACAGCUUCCUCCAGGGCUACAACUGCUCAGUGUUUGCCUAUGGGGCCACUGGGGCCGGAAAGACACACACCAUGCUGGGAAGAGAGGGGGACCCUGGCAUCAUGUACCUGACCACCAUGGAACUGUACAGAAGGCUCGAGGCCUGCCGGGAGGAGAAGAGACUCGAGGUGCUCAUCAGCUACCAGGAGGUGUACAAUGAGCAGAUCCACGACCUCCUGGAGCCCAAGGGGCCCCUUGCCAUCCGUGAGGACCCCGACAAGGGGGUGGUGGUGCAAGGGCUUUCCUUCCACCAGCCGACCUCAGCUGAGCAGCUGCUGGGGAUGCUGACCAGGGGGAACCGUAACCGCACGCAGCACCCCACUGACGUCAACGCUACGUCCUCCCGCUCCCAUGCCAUCUUCCAGAUCUUCGUGAAGCAGCAGGACCGGAUCCCAGGUCUGACCCAGGCCCUUCGGGUGGCCAAGAUGAGCCUGAUUGACCUGGCUGGCUCGGAGCGGGCGUCCAGCACCCACGCCAAGGGGGAGCGGCUGCGGGAGGGAGCCAACAUCAACCGCUCCCUGCUGGCCCUCAUCAACGUCCUCAACGCCCUGGCCGACGCAAAGGGCCGCAAGUCUCACGUGCCCUACCGGGACAGCAAGCUGACCCGCCUGCUCAAGGACUCCAUCGGGGGCAACUGCCGCACGGUGAUGAUCGCUGCCAUCAGCCCCUCCAGCCUGGCCUACGAGGACACUUACAACACCCUCAAGUAUGCCGACCGGGCCAAGGAGAUCAAACUCUCGCUGAAGAGCAACGUGAUCAGCCUGGACUGUCACAUCAGCCAGUACGCCAGCAUCUGCCAGCAGCUCCAGGCUGAGGUGGCCGCCCUGAGGGAGAAGCUCCGAGUGUACGAGGCAGGAGCGCAGGCCCCACAGCAGGACUCCUCGCAGCCCCCCAUAGCGGACCCUCCACAUCAACCCCUUCCCAGCUGCCCCUCGCCAUCCCGCCUCCCCAGCCAGCCCUGCACCCCAGAGCUACGCCCAGGGUCGGCAGUCCUUCAAGAGGAGAGCCUGGGGACAGAGGCCCAGGUGGAGAAGAUCGUGGAAGGGAACUCUUCAGAAAGGGAGCAGCUCCCAGAGGACAAGGACGAAGGUCCGGCUGAGGAGGUUCCAAUCCAGGUGCCAGCACAGAACCUCAGACACCCAUUGCCCGGCUCCCCUGACCUGACCCUGCAGCCCAAGCCAGUCGCGGACCACCUCCCACCACAGAACCUGGGCAGCGACCGUUCUAAGCAGUUGGCUCUGAGGGUGUUGUGCCUGGCCCAGCGCCAGUAUUCCCUGCUCCAAGCAGCCAACCUCCUGACCCCUGACAUGAUCGCAGAAUUCGAGAUGCUGCAGCAGCUGGUACAAGAGGAAAACACUGAGCCUGGAGCAGAGGCCACCGCGGAGCCUGACCCGGCCAGGGGGCCACCUCUGGCUCAGGAGCUACGUUCAGAGUCAAAGUCUCCAGGAUACUCCGGCCCUGUGACCCGGACCAUGGCAAAGCAACGGAAUGGCCUCAUACACGCUCUCGGCGUCCCACCCCGGCCUGACCGCACCUCAGCUCAGGCAUCCCAGCGGCCCACAGAGAAGAAAAGGAGGAGACCGAGCCCCUUGGAGCCAGACAGCCCCCCAGACCCGAAGCCCGGGACCAAGCGCCGGCGCCAGUCCCUCCUGCCCUGCCCGAGGAGGGGGACCCCGCCUGAGGCUCGGCUUCCGUGUGGGCCCAUCACCCCCACGGGGGGACGGGCCUCCUCCCCCCGCCAUUCCCCCAACUUCUGCCCAGCCACAGUCAUCAAAAGCCGGGUGCCCCUGGGCCCUUCCGCUCUGCAGAACUGCUCUACCCCUCUGGCCCUGCCUGCACGGGACCUCAACGCCACCUUUGAUCUCUCUGAGGAGACCCCCUCAAAGCUGGGCUUCCACGAAUGCAUUGGCUGGGACAGUGUCCCCCGGGAGCUGAACAGGCUGGCUCAGCCCUUCAUCCCCAGCGGACCCAGGCCCCUGUUCACCGUGAAGGCCCCCAAGCCGGCAACUUCCUUCCCUGGGACCUCAGCUCGCAAGAAGAGGCGCAUUGUGAGUUCCCGCGGCCACAGUCGCAUCGCCCGCCUCCCCAGCAGCACCUUGAAGAGAGCCCCCCUCCAGUCUCCACUCCCCUGGCAACCAGAGGAGCCAGAAGGAACUGUUGAGGGUUGGGAGAGCGCUGUCAGCUGGGAGCUGCUCCACCAAGGUGUCCUGACCGCCGGCCCCUGUUGGUCCCUGGAGCCGCCUAAACCAGGAGCCCUGACCUGCCUUCCUUGGCUCGGAGCAAUUAAUGCCAACGCCCUCUUCCUUUAUUAACAGUCCUCCCCCAGACGUUCAUUCUGCUGCUCACCCUCUUUAUUAAUCUCUUGUUACACUCA